AUGGUGAUCACAUCCCAGCAGAUGUUGUGCAUCAUUUUCUCCUCGCUAUCUGUACACGACCUGGACUGGGCAUUUGGAGACAGAGGAUGGUAUCCUCGUGAUAUUGAUGCCGAUGUUGUCGACGAGCCAAAGAAGAGCCGGAAAAUAUAUAACAAGAUCUUGAGUAACAUACUAAAGAGUCUCAAGGUUAAUGAAGACGCCAGGCAGCAGGAACUUGCGUCGAAAAUUCUAAUGGCGUGUCCGGAGUUGGGGGCUGGAUACUGGCAUGCUGUAGCAUUGACACUGGAACCCCGUCUAUCGUCGAAAUGGAUAGCUAACAUUGCGUUCUUUGGACUUGUCAUCUCCCAACCUGUACCAGUUUCAUCAUUCCUCAUCCCCGGAAACAAUAUUUAUCAACCCGAUCCACCACCGCUUUCAACAAUCCUCGAGAGCAUCCUUCCUUCCGUCAGCACCAAGGUGCAUUUCUCCAAAGGACUGCAGUCUAUGUCCCACCUUGUGCAACACUGUACAGCGCUCGCGCUAGCCAGGUGCUUGACCAAGCUCUCCUGCGUCUUCCGCACAUUCCAGGAUGUUGAAUCUGCACUCGAGGAAGAUGAAACUGAAAGCUCAAGUGCAUGCAUCCACAACGCAUACGAACUCGUUGACUGGUUGCGCUUCGUAGACCCCAAACUUCAGCCCCAGGAUAUUGAUCUAUUCGAGAACCUUCAUCCCGCCAGUUCGCUGAUGUGGGAAGGCGGUGAUCUAAAGACUGCCUCAAGGCAGCUCCUCCAAGCGCUUUCCUUUGAUUGGAUGUUCACGCAAAGCUCUGAAGCUGACAUGGUGAACCAACAAUGCCGCGAAAUAAUGCUGGAGUGUCUGUUUCUCCGAUCACCAACGCGGGUUCAGAUUGAACAUGCCGUUUGCAUCAUCGCACAUGAUAUCUGCUCGAUCAUGGAACGAGAAUCUCUUGUAUGCGAUCUGCUGCUUUUGCUAUCCGCAAUUAUGCAGAGGGCGCUCGGUGAACUCUCAAAGGAAGAUGGCGCUCGGCUGAAGGAGUUUGUCCUAUUGAGGGCGCCAUCUAUCCAUGGCCCGAGCAUGUCUGGAGAUCUAUCUGAUACCAUACAAGAAGCGCUUCUCGAUGUGUCUCUUCGCCCCAGCAGUGAGGGUGAUAGGACAAUGGUCUCCUCGAUUUGUACAUACUGGACGGAGUCUUUCAAGGCAUCGAUUCAGUCAGGAUCACUACAGACGGGACGUUCCAUCCAGUUAUGGCUAAGUUAUACAGACCCAGACAAUCUUCUUAACAUCGUUGAUCACGCGUGCGAUGCCAAUAAUAUAGCCCUUACGCCAUCUGUGCUAGAGGUUCUGGGAUUUGCUUUCAAUACCCUGAGGGGUUCUUUCACAUGUGCUAGUUCGAGGAUCCCUAUUUCGCAGCUCCUCGGUUUGUAUCGGGUAUUGCCUGACUCCGAGGUGCUCGAAGAGAUGAUCGCUAUUGCAGUGACUUCACAUCUUCCGCCAUGCCAUGACGGACGGCAUCCACAAGCAAAGACAUUGAACUUUUACUUAUUGCCUCGAUACCUGCCAGCUUCCGGAAGUUCACAAUUGGGCGUGCUGCCCUCUGAUUUCAUCUCGGGGCUGUUUCAGAAGGCUAUUUGGACGGAAUCUACGUCACGCAUUGUGUCCGGGCUAGUUUAUGGACAAUCCGGUGUUGCAAAGGAGUUUGUCGCGUGGUUCAACUCGGGAACUUGGACGACCAUUCCAUUUGAGCAUGUGCUACCAGCAGUGCAUGCUGUUUUGGAUUCCCUGGGUGGUGACGCCAUCAAUUUGUUUCAUGAUACCGUUACGAUUGCGCUCUUUGAUCAUGCAACUCGGAAGCAACAGCUCGCCAACCUGCUACAGAAGAAUAUGCAACGCCUUGCUGUCGACCAAUUCGCCCUCGAGAGUGUAUGCAUUGCCUCCCGCUUGCAAUCAUUUUCCCCACUGGCCGAUCUUGUGACAGAACUAUCUGAGCGUGGACUGCAAUGGGUUGUGCGCCAUUUCUCUGGCCCUGAAGGCGAAGAUGAAGAGGACCAAUUGAUUCUAACCCAAUUAACGAAAAUUUCCAAGCAAGGAUUCAAGGCAAAAACAUACAUCGUAGAGCCUCUAUUGACAACUACCCUUCAGAACCGACUUGCCGAUACUGUUGCUCUCGAUAUUGGCAUUGCAUUACUGCAGUGCUCGCCUUUCAAGCCCGUCGUUGUGAAUCGAGCUCUAGAUCUUAUCAUCCGUUUCAUCGCUGCCCUAUUCCGACUCCACCCCACCAACACAUGCCAGCCUUCACAUGUCAUGUCACUCGUGCGCAUAUACGGCGGGACAAUCUCCGCCUCAGAUCGAAAUCUAUUGAACAUUUUCCGUUUAUUUGAGGCUGAAAGGCUGACGCCUAUAUCAUCUAUUCUCGUCAAGUGGUCACCUUCCCCUGGCAUAUCUAUCUCAAGCCAGCUUGAUGCAGUACAAAACAUGGAUCCUAUACGCAUGUUGAGAACCUGUCAUGUGUUCCCGAUAUGGAGACGUAUGUCAGACGAACAGGAAGAUGAGAAAGUUGGUCUGGAUGAGCAGGUUUGUGAUCCAUUAUUCGUGGCUUUGCUCGUUGCCAAAAUGUUUACGCAUCACCCUCCAACUUCGUCGCUUGAAUUGGUGCAGAUGUUUCGAUCGAACAUUUUUAGUUUGCUUAUCCGCUGCUUGUCUACAAAAGAUGAAAAGAUUCGUGCAGCCUCAUUUGGCUUGUUGGCAAGGGUGUGGGGGUCUGUGGAGCACGCGCUGUACAUCUUUAACCUCCUGAAGAAUCUUAUCAAGCCCUCAUCUGAUGGUCCUCCCUUACGGUUACCUUCGUUUACAUCGUUGAUUCUAUCUCACGCUCUUCGUGGGGUGUUUUAUCCUUCCAAUUUUAUCUACCCAUGCACGGCGCGUUUCCUUCUUCAGCGCCCAGAACUCGACGUGACUGAUGUGCCAAUGCUAUAUGGCAUGCUUUAUGGCAGUUCGGAUGACUGGAAGAAAGAGCGUGGAUGGACCGUUAGGUUCCUUUUUGACGGCAUGAUGAGUACAGAAGAUUGGAAGGUGCUUAAACGUCGACAUACAUGGGAUCUUCUUUCUAGUCUUGUGCAGAGCUCAGUUCGCGAUCAAGCGCUACGACGCGCAGUACUGGAGGUGCUCGCCAAUCUGACUUCCAAUGUCCAGGCAGCGACUUCCCUCGUUUUGAAGUCAUCUCUUCUAUCCUGGAUCGAGAUGCAAGUACAACUGCCACACAUCAACGAAGACACUCUUGCCUGGCUAAAGAUCCUCGAAACAUUCUGA